UUGUACAUCACGCAUAAAAACUUGGACCGAACUGUGGAAGCUCGAAGUUGGGCCUGGAGACAGCAAUUUCAUCAUCUCCCCAUUGGAAGAGAUUCUCAACUGUCAGCUCCAGAUUUCCGUGACGAUGGCGUGAUCGCCACCAGAAAGCUCCGCCACCUGUUCAUUUCCGCUCCUUUGAAAUAGGCGACGAUCGAUUCGAUUCAUUCACCAGCUGUGGAGGAGAUCGAGGUCUGGAAGCCGCCUUUCGAUUUUUCCCGAAAAUUGUGGUUGUUGUUGAGGAGGUCGUUCGCGUUUUCGAAGUCGAUGCUGUCGGCGUCUAAUGGCGGAGGCGCUGCGUCGCCAGCCGCGGUGUUGAAGCUGAGCUCCGGCGGCGGCGGCGAUCACGAAGUGCGGAACAAAGUCGCGUUUCCGAAUCCGAGCAAAAAUUCCAUGGCGAAAAUCGUUACUGGCGAAUUUGGCUACACUCUGGAAGACGUUCCUCACCUCUCUGACUACUUACCCGAUCUUCCGACAUAUCAGAAUCCUUUGCAAGACAAUCCUGCCUACUCUGCUGUGAAACAGUAUUUCGUGGAUUAUGACGACACCGUUGCGCAGAAGAUUGUCGUCCACAAGGAUACCGGGAGAGGGACUCACUUUCGGCGCGCCGGCCCUCGACAAAAGGUUUAUUUCGAGUCGGAUGAUGUGCAUGCGUGCAUCGUCACCUGUGGAGGCUUGUGCCCCGGCCUCAACACGGUUAUUCGCGAAAUAGUGUGCGGCCUACAUCACAUGUACGGCGUCAAGAAAGUACUCGGUAUAAAUGGAGGUUAUCGAGGAUUCUAUGCUAGAAACACCGUAGCUUUAACCCCCAAAAGCGUCGGUGACAUACACAAACGCGGAGGAACCGCUCUAGGGACAUCUCGUGGUGGCCACGACACUAAAAAGAUCGUCGACAGUAUUCAGGACCGAGGAAUUAACCAAGUAUACAUAAUCGGAGGAGACGGAACUCAAAAAGGCGCAGCCGUAAUCUUCGAGGAAGUAAAACGACGCGGGCUCAAGGUUGCCGUCGCCGGAAUCCCCAAAACCAUCGACAACGACAUUCCGGUAAUCGACAAAUCGUUCGGUUUCGAUUCUGCCGUCGAGGAAGCUGAACGCGCCAUCACCGCAGCCCACGUCGAAGCUACAAGCGUCGAGAACGGCAUUGGCCUCGUGAAGCUGAUGGGUCGAUAUAGCGGAUUCAUCGCAAUGUACGCGACCCUCGCGAGUCGAGACGUCGAUUGCUGCCUUAUUCCCGAGUCGCCGUUCUACCUCGACGGACCGGGUGGGCUUUUCGACUACAUCGAGAAAACGUUGAAGGAAAACGGGCAUAUGGUGAUCGUCAUAGCCGAAGGCGCCGGGCAGGAGAUGCUCUCGGAGAGCUUCCGGAACCAACAGGACGCUUCCGGAAACAAGCUUCUUCAAGACAUCGGGCUUUGGAUAUCACAACAGAUCAAGGAUCACUUCUCCGACAAGCGCAAGAUGUCGAUUAACCUCAAAUACAUCGAUCCUACUUAUAUGAUUCGAGCGAUUCCUAGCAACGCCUCCGAUAAUGUUUAUUGCACUUUGCUCGCUCACAGCGCGGUGCACGGCGCGAUGGCCGGCUACACGGGAUUCACCGUCGGGCCGGUGAAUGGGAGGCAUGCUUACAUACCUUUUCCGAGAAUCAACGCGAAUCAAAACAAGGUGGUGAUCACGGACCGGAUGUGGGCGAGGCUUCUCUCCUCGACGAACCAGCCGAGUUUCUUAUCAACAAAAGAGGCCGAGGGUGCGGCUAUGGAUACGGCGCCUACUCCAUUGCUAGACGAUGCUAAUGCACACGGCGAUGAUGCAAUAAAUGGCCACACCGGCGGCGGCUGACUAAUUACAUCGCCCGAUGGAUCGAUCGAUCGUACCAUCUCAUACAUACAUACAUACAUACAUACAUAUAUAUAUGUAUCAAGAGACUUUGUGUAUAUGCAGCAGCAAGAGUUGCUUGUGUGUUAUAGUUAUGAGGGAAUAAGUUGAAUUUAUUAUAAAACCUUUGGGAAUUUAUAUAAUGGAAUAAUUUUUAGAGGAACGUUGUAACUAAAGGCUUCGAUGCCGAAUAAUUGUAGCUAAAGACAAGGUAAAUAAAUUUUUUUUU